CUCAAUUCAAAGCCCUUGCAUUUUGGCUGCUCUGCUUACCCAGUGCUUCUCUUUCUUUUGCUCUGUUUUUGCCCUGUUUCUCAAGAGGUGAUUUCUCUUUUUCUGAUACAAAAAAGCCCUCUGCUUCUCAAAAACAGAGUGACUGCAAAUUUUAGAGAAUGUAUGCAGAUACUGGGCUUUUGCUUCCCUAUAUGCAGAAUUUCUAUCAUGAUAUUCAGCAGCUUGAAGAGUAUUGCAAGUACCAGAAGACCAGUGCGUCAAUGACUUCCACCAUAUCAGAAUAUGACCUGGGAGGAGAAGGGGAUCUAUUCAAAGCUCCAGAACCAAUCAUUGAACAGCCACUUGUGGGUCUUGAUCCCAUGACAGCAGCCAUUUCGAUGAUCUCCUGUGGGGAAGAAGUCAUCUCCUCGCAAGGAUUAAAGGCAGCUGAUAUUGUAUCAAUUCAAACCGAACAGCUUAUGAGUGAGGUUUUCUACGAGUGCAAGAAAGACCUCAUGGAAAAAGCUGCCGUAGAAACACCUCUCUCAGAGAUUCUGGACAUCAAAAUUCCUAUCACGCAGAUUAACGAAAACCAGAUUCAAGAGAAUAUAUUCCUCCUUGACACACCAUUGCCAAAAAGCGUCAGCUCAGGAUGCUUGAGCUCAAUGGACUGGGUGCAAGGGACUGCAGUGAAACCAAAUUUUCUGGAAUUUUCCGAGGUGGAUUUUGGAACUGUUUAUGGGAUGAGAAGAGCAUAUAGUGAGGGAGAUAUAAAGACUCUUGGCAAUGGCAACAUCAGCAUCAUCCAUUCUCCUCUUGAUCGGCCAUUAAUUAUCAGCAGCUGCACCUCUGAAGACAGGAGGGAAAAGCUUUCCAGGUACAGGAAUAAGAAGACAAAGAGGAAUUUUGGCAGGAGAAUUAAGUAUGCUUGCAGGAAGGCUCUUGCAGACAGUCAACCAAGGAUACGAGGAAGGUUCGCAAAGACUGAAGAGUCUGAUGUUUCCAAGAGGCAAUAGCUUUUAACUAAUCAGGAAGAAAAGUAAUAGCUAAAUUAUGCAGUAAUGAAAGAAAUUAGUAGUAACCUGAGGCUGGAAAGUAGAUUUUGCAGGAAGCUAAACAAGUAUUGUAAAAUAAACCGGACAUCCCCAACACCUGCUAAGUUCAUUGUAGUUCGCUUAUGAUAACCUUCUUAGUCGACGACAAUGGCCAAGUAGAGUUGUACAUAGGGCUGUGUUGAAUAAAAAGAGCGAGCGAAAGCAGAAAAAAUUUGUACUUGUUAAUAUGUGUGUUAGUGUUAUGAAUAUGGCAUUGCUUGUAGUC